UGGCUAUGCUUUGGUCUCCGCUUUUUCUUUUUAGUGUUAUUUUGCUGGGGAGGUCUCAGGGAGCCCGGCCUUGUCUUUAUAAGGUGAUCCGGGAGGAACUUUCAUUAAAUGAUUGUAACUUAACUGAAUUUGAUCCCGAAAAAGUCAGUUCUCCCGAAUCCGUAAAGACAAUUGGCCUUUCAGGAAACAGCAUCAAAGAAGUUUCUAAAGAAAUGUUUAUGAACUUUGUCUCACUAACUCUUUUAGACCUUAGAAAGAACAGAAUCACUAAGAUCGAAGAUGGCGCUUUAGAAAAUCUUGGCAAUUUAAAAUUUUUAUUUCUUCAAAAAAACAACCUUGAGAGUGUCAAUAAAAAGAUGUUUAAAAGAUUGAGCGGGUUAGAGCAAUUAACGCUUCAAGGAAAUUCCCUUAAAUUCGUGGGUAAUGAAACGUUUUCAGGAAUGCCCAAUCUAUAUUUUCUGUUGUUGUGGAACAACAAGAUCAAAUAUAUUAAUGAUAAAACUCUAUUAGGCCUGUUAAAACUAGAAAUUUUAGAUUUGUCGAAAAAUUUAAUCGAGUCCAUUCCAUCUUACGCUUUUUCAAAACUAAGCUCAUUAACAAAUUUAAAUUUAAGAGAUAACCCCAUUCGCUUUAUUGGACAUAUUGCAUUUUAUGAUUCUGAAUUUGUGCAUAUAUCUCAGGAAAAAUUUCUCUGUUGCGCAAGAAUUUCUUACAAGAAUGAUGAUCACAUCUCCCAGAGAUGCACUAAUGAAUCUAGGUUCUAUUUACCUUUUAACAAAGAGAGCUGUCCCCAUUCGGAUGUGGGCCCUCCGAGUGAAAAUGGAGAUCCAGAAACGCCACAGGGUCUUCAUCCAUAUGUAAACUCAAUUCCUCUAGCUUCAUCUAAGGGCCUUUCUUCAACCCUUACUUCACAUGGGCAUAUGAGGACCUCGGCGCAUUCUAAUGCUCAGUCAAAGACAGAAGUACUGGUCAAAGACCCUACUGUGAAUGAAGACUCAACUAUCGAAGCACCGGCUAAGGAGUAUUCUUCCGGCCCUACUUCACGUGACCGGGUGAACACCUCAUCACACUCAAACCCUCCGCCAGAAACGGAAGUAGCUGAGGAAACACCCGUUUAUAAAGAGCCCCAGAAACCGCAAUUCUCCGUGUUCACCUCACAGAGAAAAAAGAUAAGCGGAGGAGAUAAGGCUAUAUCAAAUUCCUUUAUCUUAUUAAGUGCUUGUAUUAUUGCCCUCUUAACCGGUUAAUAAAGUGUUUACUUUUUA